AUGGAAGACCAAGAGUAUGGAACGAGUAAAGGUGACAAUCGAGAGUUGAUGAAGAAGAACAUCACAUUGACAAGAGGAAUAUCUCUGGUAGUAGGCGGGAUUAUAGGGACAGGUAUCUUUAUCACACCCAACUACAUAACUCAAAGUGUGGGGGCUCCAGCACCCUCUAUCCUUAUGUGGAGUGUCGGGGGUCUCAUAGCUGCCGCCGGAGGAAUGUCAUUUUGUGAACUGGGGACCAUGUUCCCAGUGUCUGGUGCUGAGAUAGCCUACAUAAAGAGGAUCUACGGACCACUUCCAGCAUUUCUGACUGCUUGGUUUAAUUAUUUCCUUCUAGGUGGAAUGUAUAUUGCUAUUGGAAUUCUUGGAUUUACCAAAUAUUUUUGGACAAUUUUCUAUGAUAAUCCUGAGUUGCAGGUACCUUUUUGGGCUGACAAACUUUUAGGACUGUUUGUGACCUUCAUGUUCAUCAGCCUCGCAGCCUUCGUGCCGACCCUCAACGUCCAGUCGCUCGUUGUCGAAAACUUCUUGAAGAUCACAGCCAUACUGGUCAUAAUAGGUGCUGGAUUCGUCCACCUCAUACAAGGCCAUACAGAAAACAUAUCAGUAGGAUUUGAAGGAACUAACCCAGACCUCAAAGGAUGGGGAGGAGCAAUAAACGGAAUUAUAUGGUCAUAUUACGGCUGGGAAAUGAUAUGCGGAGUAACUAGUGAGGUCCAGAAGCCUCAAACAAAUGUACCGAUCAUAGUUGGGGUAUCUGUCACCACAGUUUCAGUUCUCUAUAUCCUGGCCGUAUCGAGCUACCAUAUUGUCAUCCCCCUCACUGAUAUUGUUAAAGAUACUCCAAUAGCAAGCCAAUUUGGUCUCACUACCAUGGGUAGAUUCGGAAAGAUAUUUCUAGCCUUAGCAGUCAUGGUAUCAUCUUUUGGUAAUGUUCACUGCACUUUCCUAGCAGCAAGUCGGACUAUUCACUCGGCAGCAGUAGAGGAGCUGCUACCAGAAGCUCUGACUUUGGUGAGCAAGAGAUUUAAAACUCCGAUAGUGACGGUGUUCUACUUGGGUCUGGUGACGGGAGUGUUUGUAGUAAUUGGAGACCUGAACGGACUGAUAGACUCGGCGGUGUUCACCACAUUUCCCUUCUACGUUAUGUGUUGUGUCGGAGUGUUUGUGAUGAGGAUACGAGCCCCUGACCUGGAGCGACCCUACAGGGUGCCGCUAGUUUUCCCUGCUUUCUUCAUCUUGUUCGGUAUCUUUGCCUUCGUUACCCCCUUCACUUCUCAAGCAACCUGGAAGAUAUCUCUGAUGUGGGUGAUGGUGCUGAUGACUGGAGUUCCUGUUUACUUCUUGUUCGUCAGGAAUGUGUUCAAAUUAGACUGUUUUCAUAAGGCUUCAAAAACAUUGACUAGAUUUCUGGCUACCACUUUGGAUUGUGAAUAA